GCGAAAGUGACGUCACACGGAAGAAUCUGGAAGCGUCGCAGCGCGAGCUGAAGUCUGCUUGUUGAACUUGUGAGGAUUCUCGUCACUGACUUCUUUUAAGGUUUUACUGUUAGAAGCAAACAUGGUCAAGGAAACUGGCUUCUACGACACAUUGGGUGUGAAACCUAAUGCUACUCCUGAUGAACUGAAAAGAGCCUAUCGCAAACUUGCCUUGAAGUAUCACCCGGACAAAAAUCCCACAGAAGGAGAGAAGUUUAAGCAGAUCUCACAGGCGUACGAGGUGUUGUCAGAUGCCAAGAAGAGGGAGUUGUAUGACCGUGGUGGUGAAAAGGCAAUAAAGGAAGGAGGAACCGGUGGUGGUGGGGGGGGCUUUGCAUCGCCUAUGGACAUCUUUGACUUGUUCUUUGGUGGAGGCAGUCGAAUGCACAGAGAGCGAAAAGGGAAGAAUAUUGUUCAUCAGAUUAGAGUGACGUUGGAAGAUCUUCAUAAUGGAGCUACAAGAAAACUUAACCUGCAGAAGAAUACUAUCUGUGAGAGAUGUGAAGGUAGAGGGAGUCGGAAAGGAGCAGCGCAGAUGUGCAUGACCUGCCAUGGCACAGGCAUGCAGGUCCGCGUGCACCAGCUAUUACCAGGUAUGGUCCAGCAAGUUUCCACAGUGUGCCACAGCUGUCAGGGCCAAGGACAGAGAAUCAGCCACAAGGAUCGCUGCAAAACAUGUGCAGGCCGGAAGAUCAUGCGCCAGAAAAAGAUCCUGGAGGUCCACAUCGAUAAAGGAAUGAGAGAUGGUCAGAAGAUCGUUUUCCAUGGAGAGGGUGAUCAGGAGCCAGGACUUGAGUCUGGUGAUAUCAUCAUUGUCCUGGACCAGCGAGAACAUCCACGUUUCACCAGGAAAGGAGAGGACCUGACCAUGUCCAUGGAGUUACAGCUGGUUGAAGCUUUGUGUGGUUUCAAGAAACCAGUUCAGACACUGGACAACAGAACUCUCCUCAUCACGUCACAUCCAGGAGAAUUGAUUAAGCCUGGUGACACAAAGUGCGUCCUGAAUGAAGGGAUGCCCACAUAUCGCAGACCGUUUGAGAAGGGACGCCUCAUUAUUCACUUUUCAGUGGUGUUCCCACAAGCCAACUUCCUCCCUGAGAACAAGCUGAAGGAGCUGGAGGGCUACCUCCCCGAUAAAGUGGAUGCCGAGCAGCUAGACCGUAUGGACGAUGACCUCUACAUCUACGCCGACCUAGAGGACUGUGACUUGGAGAAAAGAAAACGGCACCACCAUCAGUACUACUACAUGGAUGAGGACGACUACUCCAACCCGGGAGGUGUUCAGUGUCAGACGUCUUAAACUGCCACUGGCUUGUUCUUAUUCCAGACACCCAAACCCUCAUCUCUGAAGCAAAGCACCUUUUUUGAAAAGCUGAGCACUUUUUUUUUUUCUUGAAAUCACAACUGACAUUUUCUUUCCAGCUGAAUCGCGAACAUUCUCCUGAUUUAUUUUCAUACAUAGAUUUAUUGAGUGGAGUCUUAAAGUUCUUAAACUGAACUUGGAUGCAGGUGAGUUUGAUUCCUCGUCAUCUCUGGGACCUUUGUUUAAAUUCAUAUUUUUCCCAAUCACACUGUGACCGAGGGCUGGUUUUAUAGAAGCAGAAGAAAAACAAGGACUGACUGCUUCUAAUGCAGUUCCACUAAAACUGAUGGCCAAUACUCAUCUGAAAAUAACCUCCACUUUUUAUAGUGUUACUAAAUCAGUUGUUGUGAACUACUUGUUGAUGACUCGUUCAAUCAGUUGUGUGUAUGUGUGUGUCGACCCAAUCUUCAGAUUGUGGUGGUGCAGAGGGAUAUGCAUCGAUACUUUACCCUUUUAAAGGGCUAUUUUCUAAACAAUAUUGACGAUGUGACAGGUUUGUAAUGAUUCAGGCAGGAGACUAUUUAGGUUCAAGCCACUGAAUUGUAGAUUAUUCCAACUAAUAUAUAAGUUUAGUUUAAUAUUUGUACUUUUGAGAUGCAGUUAGUUGUCGAAUUGUUGUGAUGCCAGGGUUGUUUUUGUUUCUGCAACAUGUGUAGAAAGGGGAACAUCUCAUACGCUCCUACACACGGCAGGGUAGGUAUUCAGAGACAAUAGAACUCACUUUAUUUUGAAAAAGGAUUUAGGAAACUGUUCAUCUACAUAACUUUACUCAGACUUUCAUUAGGUAUUUUAACGUAAUUCUGUUGUACAGAUAACCAAGAUAAUUAGGCUCCUAUUUUUGAAAUAAUUUAAUUUUAAUUUCUCAAGUGCCAAGUUGCACCUAAGCUUAAGGAAAAAACAUGUGACAGAUGUUUUGGUUGUCGUUUUUAUAAGACCAAUGUUGAGGGUUUUUUCCCAGAUAUGUGAUGUUAACAUCUUUACAAGAUGUAGAUUCAGUACAUUUUCUAAUCUCGGUUUCAGACCAAAAUCUGGAAUUAAAAUAGGACAUUUUAAUCAAGUAACUUCUUAAAGGGUUUUUGCUAGUGUCGGCCCACAAGCUAUUAAGUGUCUUUUUAUUCCCCCUUGAUUCUAAUAUUAAUGAUAAAUGCCAUAUUGGACUUGAAGUCGGCACAGCUGAAACCUCUCUGAAGUGUUUGCCUGUUUGAAAGCCUUAUCAUAACUUAACUUGAAGCGACAUGAUAAUGCAGUUUUUCAUGUUUGUUGUUUAGUUUUUUCACUGAUUAAUUUUGCCUUGAUAUUGAAAAACACAUCUAUGCUCACAGAGGUUCCUUACAGUUGUUUGACAGUAAUUCUUCAAAACAGAUGCAAACUUAUGGUUCGUCAAACUGUUGAGGCUAUUUAACUCUUUAAGUGUUGUCAAGGUCUUAAUUUGACUGUUUGCAUGUUAGGACCAAUGAUCCACUUGUUUGUGUUCAUGUUUUCUAAUUAAAUGCAGUUUGAUGGUCUUUCUAUA